AUGACCGGGAAUGGAAAUUGAAAUUGAAAUUGCAAGUGCAAGUGCCAGCUCCUGACCCUCUGCUAUAAAUGCACUGCGGCGACGACCCUGCCUGGUUAGUGGCAUCAUGAAGUCAGCAUUGACGGACAGCAGGCGGCGCCUCCGUUCAUCCUCUACCCAAGAUGAGGACGAUGAUGAAACAAUGUGCAGCAGAGCUGCCGUCAAGCGGAGCAUUGUCUACUAUCUCAAAAACAGCACACUGCAUGGGCUCAAGUACAUUGCCGAGGAGAGCAUUACCAUACCAGAGCGCGUUUUCUUUGGCAUUGCCUUUGUGCUGGUGGUGAUGCUGUCGGGUUUCUUUAUAUCGAACGUGUACGGCAAGUGGAGCGCCUCGCCCAUCAUUAUCUCGACGAGCGCCAAGCAGAAGCUGACCAGCAACAUGCCCUUCCCGGCCAUCACCAUCUGCAACCUGAACCAGGCGCUGCUCAGCCGCGUGCAGCGCAUCUCCCGCUCGAGCAGCAACUACUCGCUGCUCAUGGGACUCUGCGAUCAGGGCGGUGAUCUGACCAUCUCCUACAUCGGCACCUGGAAGUACUUCAAGGCGAUACUGGUGGAGGUGGCCCAGCCGUGCGACGAGAUGCUGCUCUCCUGCAGAUUCGGCUCCCGCCUGGAGCAGUGCUCCAUGCUCUUCAAUUCGAUCCUCACCGAUGACGGCCUCUGCUGUAACUUCAAUGCCCUCGAUCCCUCGUAUCUGAUACGGAACUACAGCGACGAUGUGCGUCUGGAGCCGCCGCAGCAGAACGGCCGCUACGAGGCCAUCGACUGGACAGCGGAGCGUGGCUAUGCCAAGAAGCUGCCCGAGUUCUUCUAUCCCCGCACCUCGGGCGGCACCGGCAUACGCAUGGGACUCACAGUGGUGCUGAAUGCCUCGAUAGCGGAGUAUUACUGCACCAAGUCCAUGAGCGUGGGCUUCAAGGUGCUCGUCCACAAUCCGGCCGAGCUGCCGAAGGUCAGCAACUAUGGCCUCAUCGUGACGGCGGGCAGGGAGGCGCGCAUACCCAUUGAGCCCGUGUACGAGGAUGCUCUGCCCACGAUCAGAUCGAUCAAGAAGUCGGUGCGUCGCUGCCUCUUCUCGGACGAGAAUGACUUGGCCUACUAUCGCACCUACUCCCGCAAGAACUGCGAGCUGGAGUGCGAGGCGAAGCUGCUGCUGCGCGAAUGCAACUGCGUCCUCUACUAUCUGCCGCGUAUCGAUCCGGCGGCACGGGUCUGCGGGCCGAACGACAACAUCUGCACGAAUCGCGUCCAAACUGAGAUCGAGUCCUCGCUGACGAAUCUCUCCUGCGAGAACUGCUGGCCCGGCUGCUUCGAGCUGACCUACAAGGCCACCUUGUCCACCUCGUCCAUCGUGUCGGAUCCGCGCUUCCAGUCCGGCGAGGAUCUGCCCGAGUACAUCUUCAAGGGCGAGCACAGCAAUGCCAGCGAGCUCUCCAUACUUCACUUUUACUACAUGACCAACACCUUUCGCAGCACCACCAAAUCCGAGAUGUUUGGCUUCACCGAAUUCCUCUCAAACACUGGCGGCCUGCUGGGCCUCUUUAUGGGCUUUAGCAUUUUCUCAGUGAUCGAAAUUGUCUACUACAUCACGGUGCGUCCGUAUUGCGCAUCCCGCACGCUGCACCAACGCCGCCGACGUCGCCUCGAGCAGCUCCGCUGGCUGACGCCCAUUCGGGCUCCAGGCAAGCAGCUGCAGCGACGCUUACGCCGACGCCGCCUGCUGCCACCUGUCUACAGCAAGCCGAAGCAUAAUCUCUGGCAGACGUUGCAAGUGCGACCGGCGGACACUGGGUCGGAGCCGCCCGCCUAUCCCUACCUGGACUGAGGAUGAGUUCGUCGAGUAUUGAUUCGAAGUCAAUAAAUAAACCAAAGCCAAUGGCUGGGCCAACGAACGGGGUGGGCUGGUGAUUGUUGGUUGCACGGGAAGCACAGACUGCGCCCACAACAAUUCCCAAAAGUUACCCGAUAAUGGCGCUAAUCGACACGCGACUCUCAAUUUAAUUGAUACUUUGCUCGCGGUCCGUUUGCUGUCAUUACAGAGACAAGUAAAGUCGCUCGAUUGGUGCAGACAAUGAGAUUGAGGAGACAUUCAAUAUAGCUGGCAGAACUCCCCUCAUAUUUGCAGAAAUAAACUCAGAUCCGCCUAGUAUUUUACCAUCAAUAUCUUGGCUACUGUCAAGCUCCUGCUAGGGUAUCCAAAUUUCGUAUUCGGUGAAAGAUAAUUUUGGUAUCAUCGGGCAAUUCCAUUGGCAUUUCGGCAUUUUGCUUCUAACGAAUUUCAAACAUGACCAAAAAAUAUUCCGGGCCAAAAGCUUGCCUCUGAUGUCACUCUCUCUCUCUCUCUCGGUCUCGUCAUGUCUCGUAUCUGUGGGAUAGAUUUUUACGAGCUGCCUGGUAGGAGAUUUUUGAACACAACUGAAAUGAGGGUGUUCUGUCCUCUCCCUCUUAUCAUCCUAUUUUGUUGGCGCGUCAAUGUCAAGUGGGGCAAGUGUCGGUUUCUGCGACUUCUUCACUUCACAUCUCACAUAGCCCUAAGUACAUAAGUGCCUCUUGCCGCAUGCCAUGUGGCAGUGGCAGCAUAGGCAUAGGCAGAGGCAUAGCCAUAGGCAUAUUAAUUCUGAGGGGCACACACAGGGCCAUCCCCAUUGCCUCUUCCCUGCUGCGCUUUAUUACACGGCCAGCUGGAAUAUCUCACAUAGCGCUUUCCAGUGUUUCCAAUAUUUUUCCGGUUUUUUUUUCCGUUUUUUGAUUUUCAAUUUUGGAUUUCUGUUUUUCUGUGGGGUGGUGGUAGCCUCCGAUAGAGUGUAAACAAACAAGUGCCGGGUACUACAAGUAGAUCUUGCCAGGGCCGUCGGCAAAAAAAGGGAAUGAGAAGGCGAUGACCUGUGCCCCAAGUAUCCUCGGCAACAAUCAAAUGUUCGAAUCUUAUAUGUACCACAGAUAGCAUAGAAAUAAAAGCAAGUACUUCUUACACACAUUUCUUGUAGCUUUCCUUCGGUAUUCAACUGAAACAACUGCUCUCUGUACUAUUCCCUUGUGCUAUUUUCUAUCUGCCAGUCCAUAUAAUCAAUGUCUGUGGCCAUAUAUUAUUAUCUGUCUGUCUGUCUGUCUGUCUGUCGGCCAGGCCAUUUGACUUUCAUUGCCCCGUAGUUGCUUUGCUUUGCUCAUAGAUUCCUCCGGUUUUAUGGAUUCGAUGGUCUGUGAUUCAUUCGAAGCAGAAAAAGCAAACCAACAGCGUGACUGGACCGCACCGGCAACAUGUGCUGCCGUUUCGGAGCAAUUGAUGGCCUACACCUACACACAUGGUGCACACGACAACUUCUCUUCCCUUUCCGGUUCCUCGCAGAGUUUUAUUCAUUGAUGAAUUUUUAGGGUUUUAGCUGAUUAUUUUAAGGCAAUUCCUUUAUUGAGUAGAAGUUUUUCAUUGCAUUACAUCUUACAUUACAGGUCUCCUUACAUUUGCCUUGACGACAUCAAGCCGAAGCCCUCUCCCGCCUAAGUGACUGAGGGGUGCUGCUGCAUGACGCGCGAAGCUGUCGCUGGAGAGACACGUACGCAGGUGUUGGGCUAAAAUUCGAGCAAAAUUACACCUAAACAUGAAAA